CUCGUCCUCCAUCAUCUGGGCCAGAAAGUUCCUGCUUCAGAGCUGAAGGUGGCCGUGUGGUUUUCACCUCAAAUCUUCAGCAAGAGCUAGAGAGAAAAAGAGUCUGAACAAUCAGUCACAUUUUCUGUGGAGUCCCAGUAAUAUCCCUGACUUACGCACACACAGGAGAUGAAGCACAUUACCGACCUGUAUGAAAGUGUCAACAGUACAAUGAGCAAUAACUCAGACUGUCCUCCUGUGGUUUUGCCAGAGGAGGUAUUUUUCACAAUAUCUGUCAUUGGGGUUUUGGAGAAUCUGAUCGUCCUUCUGGCUGUGAUCAAGAACAAGAAUCUUCAGUCGCCCAUGUACUUUUUCAUCUGCAGCCUGGCCAUUUCUGACAUGCUGGGCAGCCUGUACAAGAUCCUGGAAAACAUCCUGAUCAUUUUCAGAAACAUGGGUUACCUGGAGCCUCGAGGCAGUUUUGAAAGCACAGCUGACGACGUAGUGGACUCCCUGUUCAUCCUCUCCCUGCUCGGCUCCAUCUGCAGCCUGAGCGCCAUCGCCGCGGACCGCUACAUCACCAUCUUCCAUGCCCUGCAGUACCAGCGCCUUGUCACCCCACGCCGUGCUGCUGUGGUCCUGUUGAUCAUCUGGGCAUGCUGCAUAGGCAGUGGCAUCACCAUCGUGACCUUCUCCCACCAUGUCCCCGCGGUGAUCGCCUUCACAGCACUGUUCCCGCUGAUGCUGGUGUUCAUCCUAUGCCUCUACGGGCACAUGUUCCUGCUGGCCCGCUCCCACGCCAGGAGGGUCUCCACCCUCCCCCGGGCCAACAUGAAAGGGGCCAUCACACUGACUGUCCUGCUUGGGGUCUUCAUCUUCUGUUGGGCCCCCUUUGUCCUGCACAUCCUCUUGAUGACAUUCUGCCCAGCUGACCCCUACUGCGCCUGCUACCUGGCCCUCUUCCAGGUGAACGCCGUAUUGAUCAUGUGUAAUGCUAUCAUCGACCCCUUCAUAUAUGCCUUCCGGAGCCCAGAGCUCAGGGAUGCAUUCAAGAAGAUGAUCAUCUGCAACAGGUACCCGUAGAGAAUGAUCAGUCCCUGAUUUUAGGAGCCUCAGGGACAAUGUUGUCAAGUGACAAAAUAAUGCUAUACAGCAGCAAAUGUUAAGGCUCCAGUGUCCUUUCCCCCCUGAUGGGCACAAGGCGAAUCCUGCUGACUGGUAUAAUAGUUUGGGUUUAUGGGCACAGCUUUGCUGUAGGUACAACUUUUAUAGCUAGAAAGAUAACAUAAUUACUGAAAAGCAGCAGAAUCCAAAGCACAAACAGCAAUACACAUGAGAGAGCACCAGGCCAAGGGAAAACUUGUUUCUCUGUAGACAUCUAGCAAGCCCAUCCCAGAGUGGCCUCUCUGCAGAGCUGGACCAUGUGCUCAGGGCACAAAGUGUGUGCAGGGUCCUUAUAAACCAAAGGGCCAGGAAACUGCAGCAGCUGAAUCUGCCUUCCCUACAUCCCUACCAGUUAGCCCACCUCCUGCUUUACACCAUCAAAAAUCUUUUUGGAAGUGGGCAGGAUAUACAUUAUAAAUGUCAAACAACCAGCUUGGAGUUUCCAAUAAGACAGGAAGGUCUUCUGAUAGUUUUCUUUGCAAACUCAGUAUCCACUGGCCUGAAAAUCCUUUUCUGGUUAAAACUACUCCUACUUUAGGGGUAUAUAAUGCUGAGGAGGAAAGAAAAACUUAGCCCACUUGAUUCCUCUAUGGGAAUAAAGGCCAGAAGAAAACUAUUUGAAGAAGGUAUAACCAAUCUUUGGGUAUCAAACAUAGACAUAAAUGCAAAGAGGCCCCAAUAUGGAUUUUGUGGACUGAGUGUGUAUUGGUCUGUGUGAGUGUGUGUGUUUGUGUGUCCACCAUACAUUUGGACUCUGGGGAAAACCAAGACCAAAACAAGACUUCGGGACAGUGCUGUUACUGAGACCCAUGAGACCGAUGAACAACAUUUAACCUCCUUCCAGAUGAGUCUGAGAAGCAGAUCCAAUCACUGGAAAAUGUCAUCCUUCCAUCAGCCACAUGCUGAAAAGUGGCAUGCCCAACAGGAUAAAAGAAGCAAGCAUUUUAAGUUCAUCCAAUUUUAAUAGCUAAAGAAAAACUUCAGAGUUCCCAUCAUUCCCCUAGUGCCAUUAACAAAUCCGACUAGGAACCAUGAGGGUACGGGUUCGAUCCCUGGCCUCGCUCAGUGGGUUAAGGAUCUGGCGUUGCUGUGAGCUGCGGUGUAGGUUGCAGACACAGCUCGGAUCCUGUGUAGCUGUGGCUGUGAUGUAGGCUGGAGGCUACCGCUCCGAUUCGACACCUAGCCUGGGAACCUCCAUAUGCCGCGGGUGUGGCCCUAGAAAAAAAAAAAAAGCCAAAAAAAAAA